AUGGAAGACCUCGACUGGAGGACACGUGGUACACAAACGGUGGGAGAACUAGCUAGUAGCUUCCUCGGUGCCAAAGAGAAAUCGCUCUUGUUUGCUGGUCCAGUUUACGUCGUUACUGGACAAUAUGAUUAUAUCUUCUGCGGAGGAGAUUGUAGAACAACAGAUACCUCGGGUCCCGUGGCAAAUACUAAAGAAAAUUAUCCUUUGGCUGCUACGCUGGGAAAAGGAUUUGAUUCGCAUAUUGUGCAGGGUACUGCGCACUGUUGGCAAUUGCAUUAUGCUGCUCAUGAUGCUUUUGUUAAUGUUCAUCAGUGGUUGGAACGCAAGGGUUUCUAG